UGCAGGCCCCGUGGUCUCAUCCAUCUGCACAGCCGGGGCCAGUGGGGGGAGACACCAUGAUCCCCACCCUCACGGCCCUGCUCUGCGUCGGACUGAGUCUGGGCCCCAGGACCCGUGUGCAGGCAGCUACCCUCCCCAAACCCACAAUCUGGGCUGAGCCAGAUUCUCUGAUCGCCUGGGGGAGCCCUGUGACCAUCUGGUGUCAGGGGACCUUGGAGGCCCAGGAGUACCAUGUGGAGAAAGACGGAAGAUUACUGUCCUGGCACACGGAGAAACCACUGGAGCCUGGGAACAAGGCCAAGUUCAACAUCCCAUCCAUGACAGAGCACUAUGCAGGGCGAUAUCGCUGUUAUUAUCACAACACUGCUGGAUGGUCAAAGCCCAGUGACACCCUGGACCUGCUGGUGACAGGAUCAUCUGGGCACUCCAGCCCCCCAACCACAGGGCCCUCCUCAAAUCGGAUCACUCUGGAACAGUGUGAAAACCUAACUAAGGGAGGUCGAGUGCAAUCAAGGAGACCUGGUCACUAUCUCUCUCCGCAGAGCCCACAUGACGAAGACCCCCAGGGAGUGACAUAUGCCCAGGUGAACCACUCCAGGCUCAGGCGAGGAGGGGCCUCCCCUCCUUCCCCACUGUCUGGGGAAUUCCUGGACAUGACGGACAGACAGGAGGAAGGGGACAGGCAGAUGGACAGUCAGGCUGCCGCAUCUGAAGACCCCCAGGAGGUGACCUACGCCCAGCUGCACAGCUUGACCCUCAGACGGGAGACAACUGCACCUCCUUCGUCCCAGGAGGGAGACCCUCCCGCUGAGCCCAGCGUGUACGCCGCUCUGGCCAUCCACUAGCCCAGGAGGGACCCAGACCCCACACUGCACGGAGGGACACUCAGGGACCCUAAAAGCACAGGAGCUGCCCCCAGAGCACUAACCAGUGAACCCCAGCCUGGACCCCUGACAAAGACCACCAGGAGGUUCUGGGAACUUUUGAGAGUCACCUGACUCUGCGGAGGUAACUAACAUCCCUACAUUUUGGAAAUAAAGCAACAGACUUCUCAAUAAUCAAUGAGUUAAAUGAGAAAACAAAACAGAAGUGAGAGAAUGUUUUCAACUGAAUGAUAAUGUCGCUAUUACCCAUCAAACCUGUGCAAUGGAAAAAUUAACAAUGAAGGAAUAUAUUAGAAAAAGCCUUAAAAAAAUCAAUGACCAUGUCAAGAGUUUAG